GGGGGUGGACAUCCGAAGGCUGCUCUUUCUUUUCCUCCCCCAGGGAUUUAGUUCAUGGGGAUGUGUUCAAGGCAAGAGCGGAUUCAGAAGGAUAUUGACAUUGUGAUCCAAAAGUGCAAGGCGGAGAAAGACUGCUUGUUUGCAGAUUUCAGAUACGCAGAUUCCACUUUUACUUUCACCUACAUUGGAGGAUCCAAAAGCAUAUCCUAUUCAGUUCACGUCUCUGAGGAUUAUCCAGAUAAUACCUACGUGUCCAGUUCAGAUAAUGAUGAAGAUGUAUUAGUUACGACAGAGCCAAUUCCAGUAAUCUUCCACCGAAUUUCUACAGAAUUGCGAAAAACCAGUGAUGUCAACUGUUGUUUAUCCAUAAAAUCAAAGUUGCAGAGGGAAAAUGGAGAGGAAUCAAGGCACAGUAGUGCGGUUGAAGAAGAUUCAGAAGGGGAUAAUGACUCAGAGGAGUUUUACUAUGGAGGACAGGUUAGCUAUGAUGGAGAACUUCACAAGCACCCACAGUUGGAAGCUGACUUGGCAGCAGUGAGAGAGAUCUAUGGGCAGAAUGCAGUAUCUCUCAGGGAAUAUGGAGCCAUUGAUGAUGUAGAUAUUGAUCUGCAUAUUGAUGUUAGCUUUCUUGAUGAAGAGAUUGCAGUAGCAUGGGACGUAAUCCGCACAGAGCCUAUAAUUGUGCGGUUGCACUGUUCGCUCACACAAUAUUUAAAUGGCCCAGUGCCCACCGUUGAUGUAUUUCAGAUCUCUACUAAGGAAAGAUUCGGACUGGGGCAUCAGCUGAAGAAAAUCAUGCAAACAUUUGUUACACAGCAAUGGAAAAAUGGCAAAGAAAAAUCAAACAGUACGCACAACAAAAAAAUGUCAGAGAAGAAGGUGAAAUCUCCUCUGCACAUCUUUUCUACACUGCGCAGGUCGCCAAGUUAUCCUCCACCAGGCUGUGGGAAAAACAAAUCAAAGCUGAAACCUGAACAAGAUGGCAUCUCAAAAACCCACAAGUUGCUGAGAAGGACUUGUUCUAGCACAGUUAAAGCUGAGGAUGCGUGUGUCACCAAGUCUCACCGAACCUUUGGCCGCUCCUUGUCUAGCGAUCCCAGGGCUGAACACACGAUGACCAUCAAAUCGCACAAACUGUUGAACCACUCUUGCUCAGCGGCCAUCAAGCAGGAUGAGUGCAUUACCUUAAAGCCCCACAAAUUGCUGAGUAGGCCAUGCUCCGGGGAUACUCGAUGUGAGCACAACAGUACUUUGAAGCCCCACAAACUUUUAAGCAGGUCUUACUCCAGUAACCUUAGGAUGGAUGAAUUAGAUGGGCUGAAGAACCACAAGUUACUCAGCAAGUCUUACUCCAGUGCCCCCAAGUCGUCUAAAAUGGAGCUUUUCAAGGAACCCACCAUAGCAGAGGGCAGGAGGCUCUCUCUUACCUCAGGGCUUAUUGGUAUCUUAACACCAUCUUCAUCAUCACCCUCACAAUCCACUCCAAAUUAUGGUGCAAAAUCCAUUCCAGUAAGAGACCAUGGCUUUCUUGUGCAGACAAUUGAGUUUGCUGAACAGCGAAUACCGGUACUGAAUGAAUACUGUGUGGUUUGCGAUGAACCACACGUCUUUCAGAAUGGGCCCAUGCUUAGGCCUACUGUAUGUGAACGGGAGCUGUGUGUAUUUGCUUUCCAAACUCUAGGAGUGAUGAAUGAAGCUGCAGAUGAAAUUGCAACAGGGGCUCAGGUUGUAGACUUGUUGGUAUCCAUGUGUCGCUCUGCAUUAGAAUCACCCAGGAAAGUUGUCAUUUUUGAGCCAUAUCCGUCUGUAGUUGAUCCUAAUGACUCUCAGAUGCUGGCCUUUAAUCCCAGGAAGAAGAAUUAUGACCGAGUCAUGAAAGCACUGGAUAGUAUUACUUCAAUACGAGAAAUGACACAGGCACCUUAUUUAGAAAUCAAGAAGCAGAUGGACAAACAAGACCCACUUGCUCAUCCGCUUCUGCAAUGGGUCAUUUCAAGUAAUAGAUCACAUAUUGUGAAGCUACCUGUGAACAGGCAAUUGAAGUUUAUGCACACUCCCCAUCAGUUUCUUCUGCUCAGUAGUCCACCAGCCAAAGAAUCCAAUUUCAGAGCUGCUAAAACUCUCUAUGGAAGUACCUUUGCAUUUCAUGGGUCACACAUUGAAAACUGGCACUCUAUCCUGAGGAAUGGCUUAGUGGUUGCUUCCAAUACAAGGCUGCAGCUCCAUGGUGCAAUGUUUGGAAGUGGGAUCUACCUUAGUCCAUUGUCAAGCAUAUCUUUUGGUUACUCAGGGAUGAACAAGAAACAGCAGAAAGUGUCAGCUAAGGAUGAGCCUGCUUCGGGCAGUAAAAACAGCAAUGUGUUACAGUCACAAAAAAAGGGACAGCAGUCUCAGUUUUUGCAAAGCCGAAAUUUAAAAUGCAUAGCCUUAUGUGAAGUGAUAACUUCACCUGAUCUGCACAAACAUGGAGAGAUAUGGGUAGUUCCAAAUACCGACCACGUGUGUACAAGAUUUUUCUUUGUCUAUGAAGAUGGCCAAGUAGGUGAUACAAGUAUAAACACUCAAGAGCCAAGCAUUCAUAAAGAGAUCCUCCGGGUCAUUGGUAAUCAAACUGCUACUGGUUAAAAGGACCACUCUUAAUUCCUUGAUGCGAUUUGGGAGCCUUCCUCAGUCUCAAAGCUGGAUUUUGAACUGAAGAAGAUGUGGAAAAAAGUUUAAUUUAUUGUUAUUCUGAACAAGUUAACCCUUUGAAUACUUUUUUCUUACUUAGCCUUUCUUAUCACAUUAAAAAAAAAACUAAAAGGGAUGCAAGCAAGCAACUAUAGGGAUACAGAGUCUAUUGAUAUAAUACAGCUGAUAGUUAAACAGACGUUUGGGUUGUUCACAAUAAACAGAAUUUGAAAAGGAGUUUUGUGCUGAUAUUUUUAUAUUAAAGACUUGAAAUGGAUCAUUUUAGUACUGUAUACCUGUAUUUUAAAUUUACAACAACUGAAACAGAAACAGUCUUUUUUAAUUUAAAGUGGAAACCUACAUAAUGCAGGAUAUUUUGCAAUAAGUAGAAUAUUCAAGUUUUAAUACACCAUAGACAGUGGUUACCUGGAACAUAAGAAAUAAGAUAGAAAUGUUAGCUGUAAUAUAUUCAUUCUGCUAUAUACGGACCAUGUACAGGACCCAAAAUGUUACAGGAAGAAAACUGUUCUGUUGUAUUCACAUAUUUGCCAACAUAAAAAAAAUUACUUUACCAGCAA